AUGUUAAUUCCAUAUGAAAAUGAUGCUACUUCUUUGGAUCAUUUGGUGGAUACUGUUUUUCAUAAUAUUUUUGAUUAUUCAACAAAUAUUUCAAGCAUGAUGAAUCGAGCUAUAUUGACACUAAAAAAUAGUUAUGUUGAUGAAAUAAACACUUUGUUGAUUCAGAGAUUUCCUGGAGAGUUAAAACAGUAUUACAGUUUUGAUGAAACAAUCGACGCAUCUGAACAGGCAGUCAUGGAAGAUUUCUUACAUACUUUAACACCAAAUGGACUUCCUCCACAUGAAUUAUUGUUGAAACAAAACUGUCCAAUCAUGUUAUUGAGAAACAUCAAUCCUUCAGAAGGACUAUGCAAUGGAACACGACUAAUCUGUCGCAAUUUUGAUCGUAACGUUAUUCAUGCAGAAAUUGCAGUUGGUCAUCACAGUGGCAAAAAGGUUUUUAUUCCGAGAAUUCCAUUUUUCCCAAAUCCUGAUGAAAACAGUGGUUUCCCAUUCAAACGAACUCAAUUCCCUGUUAAACUAAGCUUUGCAAUGAGUAUAAACAAGUCACAAUGA